CUGAAAAGAAACAAUCAAGAUAAAAAAUUUAUAAAAGCCAUGUUUAGAUUGACACUACAUAUUGGAAGGUUUUGUUGGGCUACAUCAUAGUGUUUCCCAUAAUCUAUGAAAUAACUUCAAAAGUCAACGCCUAGAAUAAUACCAAGAGAGAAGCGCUUGAAUUCAGCUAUAAUGACGGAUGUUCUGAUGUUUUCAACAAUAAAAAAACGAAGGUCAAUUCAAUGACUAUCACAGUAGAAGUGUACGUCAGAGAUGUUGCGCUUGAUGUACACAUAGAAAACUCUAGUGAGAGCUUCCCCGAAAUGCUUAACAGAGAUAGCCGCUAUUCUGGGUUGAUCAAGGUCACCAUUAAAGAAGAAAAGCAGGAUAAACAAUUGAUGAAGAAACUAAUUAUUAAUGCAACCAAGUUUAACAUCCUGGCUACAUGUUCAUUGUUACUUUCAUCAGUAAACGACCGCUUUGUAACCACUGGAUCAUUUUGUCAUGAAUCUGUACACUACUUAAAUCCUCGCUUCACUCAAAUUUUAUUCAGAGAAAGCUUAGUUAAAUCAUUUUAUGAUGAGCAAACUGCACCUCGACCAGAAGUAACCGCUUGCAGACAACUUAUGUCCGCAUUUGACCACAAAGCGACAUACUUUACCUACAGAUCCAGUAUUUUUGCCAGCCCGAUCAUGCAACCAGCCUCUGUAUUCACUGUUUGCAAUGCUCCUUCCAAUGGGUAUGGCAUGUCUAUGGACAACAAUGCUCAUCUUGUUUCAGUUUUUUUUUCAAAUCAAUGGGCACAUGGAUAAUUAAAGAGCAGACUAUUGCUUUGAGCAACAUUGAGAAGUUGAAAGAGUUCGUUUCUAAUAAUGUUGAUGUUUGUGAAAUUGUGGGUCGUACCUUCCACGAUUGCCGUGUGGCUCACUCCGGCUUCGGAUGUGAUUAUAGACCAUCAGACCGCGCUUUUAUUGUCAUAAUUAU